CAUUUCAACAUUUUUUUAUCCUUGUGGGCCUCGAAAAUUACCUCUCACUCGCGCAGAAUGCGUGCAUUUCAUGCAUUUUGCCAGAUAGAAUCGCGUGUUUAUUUAUCGAAAGAUAGGAUAGUUAAAGUAUCUAUUUGUGCACUAUGAAAGUUUGAGGUCAAACUUAAAAUUUGAAACCAAAUUUAAGAUUCAAUAUAUAUUAUGUCUUUCUAAAAUCAAACAAUUUUAGUAUGAUUAGCUUGAAAAAUACUUUAGAGUAGUGUAAAAUUAUUCGUUCAUAUUUGAAGGGUAGAUUGAAGUUGGGAUAGUUACAACAAUACCUUCGAAAAUUACAGUGAGAUGACUGAGAUUUCUCCGCUCGGUUCAGAUUUAAACCUCUAAGAAUGAAAUAAAUUCCUUUGGAAGUGUUGUCUCCCAAAAAUAGGUCUUGCAAAAAAAAAAAAUUCUUCAUAGAGUACAUAAACAUUAUUUGGAUCCUCCAUUUAAAACUAAAAUCUCUUUUCUUAUUUUUCACCAGAACCUUGUUGUAACUUUUUUGUUCAAUCGUGCACCACAAAUACUAUAUCAAUCAAAUUAAGUAAUAAUAUAAUAACAUUAAAAAGAGAAGAAAAACAACCUUUUAGCAAGCAUGAUGAGAUUUCCAAAUCGUUUGCAAAUAAAUAUAAGGAAUAUCUAUUAUUUUAACCAUAAGAAUUGAUAGUUCAAUGGGAAACCAAAAGAAAAAUGCAAAUUAAAUCUAAACUAUUGAUUUCAAUUUGGAAUGUGUCUUCUAUCGAAUUAAAAAACUUUAGGAAAAUGCAAGUAAUGGUACAUGGAGAGGACCAAAUCCCGAAACCCUAAUUAUUUUUUUAGCCUAAAGGUUUGAUUCCAGAAUCCACACAUAUAUUAACUAAAAAGAUUCAAUAUAAAUUCCUGGUUCAAUUCCACUUUGUAUUUGUAACCUAGCUGAGUUUCCUAAAUUUUACCACUCCUACAUUUGAUCAUAUGCAUUUUUAUAGUAGUAAUCGUUAUCAACAGCCAUCAGCUCUCGACUUGUUGAUAAUGUCAGACUUAGAGUUAGUUCAAGCUUGAUAUCUAGAGGAGAGCGAGUUAUCUUUUUUUCUAAAUUCAUUUCAUUGAAAUCUGAUUAUAUCUGAAUUAUGGCAACUACAACUAUGGCUAAGCGAGCUCAAGCAAUGUGGCGAAUGAGGCUACAUUCUGCUAUUCGCACCGCCUUAGCAUGCAUAAUAAUCGGCUGCACCACCCUACUCAGCCCGCCUUCUAUUGCAAGGCAUCUGGCAUUUCCCUCCUUUUCAUAUGUAACCGCCAUAAUUAUUGUGCCAGAUGCUACCCUAGGGAAAGUUUUAAGGGGCUGUUGGAGCGCGUGUUGUGCCACGCUCCAAGUCAUGCCCCUUUCUAUGGUUGGGUUAUGGAUUCAUGGCUUCGCCACUGAUGAUAACAACUUCUCGCCCCUAGUAGCUUCUGUGAUGGUGGCGGGGAGUGCUUUUUUGGUGGCGUUGCCUGGGAAUACGGAUUUGAUGUGUAAGCGGAUUGCUUUCGCGCAGCUGGUUAUUGUGUAUGUGGAUGCUGUUGUUCAUGGAAUCCGUGUGAAUAUAGUGAUGCACCCUCUACGAGUUGCAUCUAGUACUGCUCUUGGAGCUGUGGCUUCUGUUCUUGCUUUGUUGCUGUUCUUCCCCUGGCUAGCUUAUUUUGAGGUGAGGAAACUAUAUAGUAUGUAUGCUGAAAAUGCUUCAGAGAGAUUGGAUCUUUACAUCAAAGCCCUCCAUUCUCCAAAUGAACAAAUAGCUAUGGAGAUCUUAUCUCAAGCCAAACCAAUUUCCCAAACAGGAACCAAGCUUCUUCAGAGCAUAAAACUCUUAGAGGGAAGUUUACGAUGGGAGAAACCUUGGCUAAGAUUCAUAGUUCCCUGUUUCACUGAUCCUGGAAAUGGUUUGCAUGACAUAGAGAGUCCAAUGAAAGGAAUGGAAAUUGCUUUAACUUCUUGUCCUUGUUUUCAAACUACAAUUAUUGAUGAAAAGCUCAUGCGUGUCUUCUCACAUCGCGUGCUACAGCUACUCGGUCUAAAACUGGAGCAAGCUCGUUGUCUUUUGCGAACACAUUCAAUGAUAGUUACAGAAACAGAAGGGGUAUUUGAGAAUGAGUUAACCAGUUUUUCCCCUGAGUCAAUUUCCCUGACAAGCCUAGAUCAACCAGCAAUUUUCUUCUUGUCUUGUAUCAAAAUGUGCAUAAAUGAUCUAAUCAUGACUAAAGGAUCCAAAGAUUCAGGAGGAAUUGACAAAGUUAGCUCGAAACGAGUCUGCAUCAAUUGGACUAACCUAAUGAACCGUGAAAGCCUUGUAUUCGCGUGCAAGUGCUCAAUUUCAUUAGGUCUGGCUGUACUACUUGGUCUGCAAUUCAACAAACGGAAUGGAUAUUGGUCAGGGCUUACAACAGCCAUCAGCUUUGAAACAGGAAAAAUAGCAAUUUUUACGGUUGCAAAUGCUCGAGCACAAGGAACAGCUCUAGGAUCAGUCUAUGGAGUACUAGGCUGCACUGCUUUUCAAAAUUUCGCGAGAAUAAGAUUCAUAGCUAUGAUCCCUUGGAUAAUUUUCGCGUCAAUUUUAAGGCACAGUAAAAUGUACUCUACAGCAGGAGGAGAUGCAGCAAUUAUCGGAGCAUUACUGAUUCUAGGCAGAAGACGGUAUGGUCCCCCGAGUGAAUUCGCUAUUGCUAGACUCACCGAGGCCUUAAUUGGAUUAUCAUGUUUCGUCAUCAUAGAGCUCGUUAUCCAACCAACACGAGCAGCAACAAUCGCGAAAAAUCAUCUUCUUCUGUGCUUUGGAACACUUAAAAGUUGUACUAAGCAAAUUGACUUGGACUCAGGGCAGAUCAAUGGCUUUAAGAAGAAGCAAAGACAAUUGAAUUCUCAAGUAGAGAAGUUACAAAAGUUCAUAGUAGAUGCAGAGUUGGAACCUGGUUUCUGGUUUACGCCUUUUCCUGUUUCUUGCUACCAAAACCUUCAACGAUCUCUAUCAAACGUCGUGCACUUACUGUAUUUCAUGGCCUACAGUAUAGAAUCCCUCAUAAAAGCAUUAGAUAGUUGUGAUGCUGAGAGAAACAAGAUCCAGGAACACUUAAAGAAAGACAGACAGAUUGUCAAUGAUGCGAUUAGCUCUUCAAUGAAAUGUAUCGAGAAAACCAUUUCUAUUGGAAUGUCAAGAGCUUUCCAAGAUCAACCAGAAGAUCAUAAAGUUGUUUAUGACCUCGAGGAGGGAAAGUCACAACGCGAAUAUACAACUACUUCUACUAGCAAUAAGGAAUGGAAAGCUUCAAGUGAUUUUCUUGAGCACUCAAAGGAGGUUAUUGAUAGCAUGACAUCUAUUGAAGGCAAAGAAGAAGUUAUUAGAAAGAUCAUUAUCUGUUUGUGUUCAAUAGGAUUUUGCAUGAGUAGUUUGAUGAGAGAAGUAAAAGACUUAGAGAAAGGUAUAAAAGAAUUGCUGAAUUGGGAAAAUCCAUAAAUAGGUGAUAAAAUUCACCAGUGUUUUACAAGACGGGGCAUGAGAGGAGACGUUUUAUGCAUUACAAGGCUAGACAUAGGCCUCGAGAUAUAGGAUAUAAGUCUCAUGGAUCUAUGAGGUGUAAUCUCAUGUAUAUUUAAUUUUA